UCGGUGUCACUCCUCUACGCACUCCCUGUCACUUUACUGGCUUUGCAUUGGACUCUGAAAUGGCGGAGUUGAAGCAGAAGCAGAUGCACGAGCUGAACACGUGCAGGGAGACAUGGUGUUGUGUGGAAGCAGACAGCCGGAUCUGGACUCGUCCUGAAAUGAGACAUUUUGCUCGCCAUCUCCGAAACAGCUACGACUUCAGCGCCAUGUUGAAAGCCAAACCUAAGGAGAGAACCUCCUGGAUGACAAAACAAAUGAGUUACCAUGAGAAAAGACACUUUGACCAGAGCUAUGAAGCUCAUUUGGUCUGAGCGCCUGCAAAAACACGUCAGCUCACACGUCAAUAAAGUCUUCCAUUCUAAA